AUGGCCACAGCCCAAGACCUCCUCAACAUCACUGCAGAAGACCAGUCCCAGCUAUUGCAUUUGGCAGACCUCCUGCAUCUCUUCCAUCACCGUAACAAGAACCAACACCGCCGCAGCGUCUGGUAUCGACAAUUCUCUCUCUUCCGAAGACAACUCAACAAUCUUACACACGGCAUCACACUACUCAACACCGUUCCCGCCACCAACGUCGCUCGAGCCAGGAAGAAAGCGCAAGAUGCCAAGACUGUUCAGCUCUAUCAAGACCGCAUCUCUUUCUGGCGCGAUGUGAUGGUGGCGAAAUGGCAGCACUCUUUCUCGCAGGUUAUCGCGGAUGGAAGAUUUUCGGUUCUCGGACUGGCUCUGCUGGCUAUUUUGGCAGAGGUCUGUAAGAUUGUUGGAAUUCUGGUGGAGUUGGAAGAAUUGGGACAGGGAGAGGUGGAGAAGGUCUUGGAGGAGUUUGGGAGAGAGGAGUGGGAUGGUGCUGACAAGCAGAACGUAGACGUCGAAGGAAAGGAGGACUUGGGUGAAGUUGUUCGGCGUUAUGAGCAAUCAUCGAUCAUGACAGUCGAUUCCCAAUCUCCUCCUAUAAAGUCGAUGGGGACCAAGAAGCGACCUAUGGACCCUUCAUCUAAUCCUGUCAAAAAGAAGAAGCGCAGGAAAGUCGCAGGCGAUGCAAUAGAUGACAUCUUCGGAUAA